AGCGCAGGAAGGGGGCUGGGGGGACCCGCCCCCGGCCAGCCGCAGUCAUGAACUCCAACGUGGAGAACCUGCCCCCCCACAUCAUCCGCCUGGUGUACAAGGAGGUGACGACGCUGACAGCUGACCCACCUGAUGGCAUCAAGGUCUUUCCCAACGAGGAGGACCUCACCGACCUGCAAGUCACUAUUGAGGGCCCUGAGGGGACCCCAUACGCUGGAGGCCUGUUCCGUAUGAAACUCCUCCUGGGGAAGGACUUUCCUGCCUCCCCGCCCAAGGGCUACUUCCUGACCAAGAUCUUCCACCCAAACGUUGGCGCCAACGGUGAGAUCUGUGUCAAUGUGCUCAAAAGGGACUGGACAGCUGAGCUGGGCAUCCGGCAUGUGCUGCUGACCAUCAAGUGCCUGCUGAUCCACCCCAACCCUGAGUCCGCCCUCAACGAGGAGGCGGGCCGCCUGCUCCUGGAGAACUACGAGGAGUACGCGGCACGCGCACGCCUGCUCACAGAGAUCAAGCUGGCGGCCAAGAAAAAGACGGACAAGAAGCGGGCACUGCGGCGGCUGUAG